CGAUAGGUUCUCAGCGUUUCUUGCCUCUUCUCGCGAGAAUUAAAAAAAAAAAAAAAUCUUCCGAUGAAAGUUGAAUGAAGAGUACAAAAUAUUUAUCUCGCGAGACCUGUGAGCGGCCAUCUUGCUGCUGCCCUGACAGAUUCUCCCAUCGGGGUCACAGGAACGCUAAGAUUGCUCUCUGGAUCUUCGCUGACCAUGCUGUCCCGGAUAGUACUUUCUGCUGCCGCCACAGCGGCCCCCUCUCUGAAGAAUGCAGCCUUCCUAGGUCCAGGGGUAUUGCAAACAACAAGGACCUUUCACACAGGGCAGCCACACCUUGCCCCUGUACCACCUCUUCCUGAAUAUGGAGGAAAAGUUCGUCAUGGACUCAUCCCUGAGGAGUUCUUUCAGUAUCUUUAUCCUAAAACUGGUGUAACAGGACCCUAUGUGCUUGGAGCUGGGCUUAUCUUGUAUGCUUUAUCCAAAGAAAUAUAUGUGAUUACCGGAGAGACCAUCACUGGACUAGCAACAAUAGGGAUAUAUAUCUUUGGAAUUAAAAAAUUUGGUCCUUCUGUUGCAGCAUUUGCUGAUAAACUCAAUGAGCAAAAACUUGCCCAACUGGAAGAGGCAAAGCAGGCUUCCAUCAACAACAUCCAGGAUGCAAUUGAUACGGAAAAGGCACAGCAGGCACUGGUUCAGAAGCGCCAUUACCUUUUUGAUGUGCAGAGGAAUAACAUUGCUCUGACUAUGGAGGUUAGUUACCGGCAACGACUGCAUACGGUUUAUAAGGAAGUAAAGAAUCGCCUGGACUAUCACAUAUCUGUGCAGAACAUGAUGCGUCGAAAGGAACAAGAGCACAUGAUAAAUUGGGUGGAGAAGCACGUGGUGCAGAGCAUCUCUGCACAGCAGGAAAAGGAGACAAUUGCCAAGUGCAUUGCUGACCUAAAGCUGCUGGCAAAGAAGGCUCAAGCACAGCCAGUUAUGUAAAUGUAUCUAUUCCAAUUGAGACAGCUAGAAAGUUGACUGACUAAAUGGAAACGAGUUUAUUUGACAAAAUCUUUCUGUAUUGGUGUCUACUGAAGUUAUGGUUUACCUCUCCUAAAAAUGAAAAGUUUGUGUUAAAUAGUGACAGAACGAAAUCUCUAUCGGCCAGUCAACUAUUUCUCGUCAUUCUUACUCUGCAUUUGAGUUAUUCUAUGAUCACUUCUGUAUAAGCCUUUAUAAAAACUUGCUGCCUGACUAAAGAUUACCACGUUGUAGUUUAAAUUUGUAAUUAAUUCUACCGUCUUGCAAUAAAGUGACAAUGACAUGAGGUUUUUCAAGUUGUAUAAGUCUCUGAAAUACUCAGCUUUUGUCAUAUAGGUAAAAAUUAAAGAUGUCAUUGAACUACUGUCUUGUUUAUGAGACCAUCCAGUGGUGAAUUAUUUCUGGCUGAUAUGAGAUAUGUAAAGCUUUGUAGUACUCUUAAAAUAACUAAAUGGAAUAUUGUAUAUCAAUUCAUAUCGUUGACUUUAUUACCAUUUUAGUAGUAUGCCUGUAGAAAAUAUUAUGGACUCAGUGUGUCAUAAAAUCACUCUUAAGAAUCCAGCAGGCCAGGCACAGUGGCUCGCACCUGUAAUCCCUGCACUUUGGGAGGCUGAGACAGGCAGAUCACUUGAAGUCAGGAGUUUGAGACCAGCCUGGCCAACAUAAUGAAACCCUAUGUCUACUAAAAAUACAAAAAGUUAGCUGGGCAUGGUGUCAGGCACCUGUAAUCCCAGCUACCUGGGAGGCUGAGGCAGGACAAUUGCUUGAACCCAGGAGGCAGAGGUUGCAGUGAGUCAAGAUCACACCACUACACUCCAGCCUGGGCGACAGUGAGACUCCGUCUAGGGGAAAAAAAAUCCAGCAGGCACCUAUCAAGAACAUAGAAAAUAGCAGGUGUUGGCGAGGAUGUGGAGAAGUUGGAACCCUUGUGCACUGUUUGUAGAAAUACAAAAUGGUACAGCCACUGUGGAAAAGGGUGAAAUUAAAUUGGAAAUACCAUGAUCCAACAAUCCAACAUCUGCAUAUAUACUGAAAAAAGCAGGAUCUUGAAGAGAUACUUGGUACAGCAUGGUGAUAGCAGCAACAUGGAAGCAGCCCAAGUGUCCAUCAAUGGAUGAAUAGAUAAGCAAAGCAUGGUAUAUCCAUGCAAUGGAAUAUGAUUCCACCCUAAGGAGGAAAAUUCUGACACUGGUUGCAGCAUGAAUGAAACUUGAGGACGUUAAGCAGUUUUAUAAGUUGAGUUAUGGAGCUGGACAGUGGUGAUGGUGGCACAUUAAGAAUGUAUUUAAUACCAUUCUUAAAUGAUACAC